CCCGCGCGCUGCUGCAUCCCCACGUCCUGCUCGGAUGUCCUGCCACCAUCACCAACAUGCCCAAGAGAAAGGCUGAAGGGGAUGCUAAUGGAGAUAAAGCCAAGGUGAAGGAGGAACCACAGAGAAGAUCCGCCAGGUUAUCAGCUAAACCUGCUCCUCCAAAGCCGGAGCCCAAGCCUAAAAAGGUCCCUACCAAGAAGGGAGAGAAGGUACCAAAAGGGAAAAAAGGGAAAGCUGAUGCUGGCCAGGAUGGGAAUAGCCCUGCAGAACAUGGAGAUGCCCAAACAGACCAGGCACAGGAAGCUGAAGGUGCUGGAGAAGCCAGGUGA